CGUCACUUACGGCCGGAGCUGUUGGUGCUGGGAGUUGGUGGCGCGGUGCAGGGCUCCUAAGAACGAACGGCUUGGGCGCGGACUGGUAUCCGGGGACUGUGACUUGCAGGGUCCGCCAUGGAGCCGGAGCAGAUGCUGGAGGGACAAACGCAGGUUGCAGAAAAUCCUCACUCUGAGUAUGGUCUCACAGACAACGUUGAGAGGAUAGUAGAAAAUGAGAAGAUUAAUGCAGAAAAGUCAUCAAAGCAGAAGGUAGAUCUCCAGUCUUUGCCAACUCGUGCCUACCUGGAUCAGACAGUUGUGCCUAUCUUAUUACAGGGACUUGCUGUGCUUGCAAAGGAAAGAGUUUUACAACAGAGAGAAAAUACAGCAGUCAAGUAUAAUGUAAAAAAUUCAGCCAAUUUUUCUCAGCAUUGUUUCUGGACCUUUCUGAGGGUGGGAUCUGGGCGUCUUCAAUGGCUUAACAAGUAUCACAGAUGAGGAAACAGACUUGGAGAGGUUAAGUGACAUGCUCAAGACAACACUGCUGGGUCUUGCUGCGUACGUUGCCCAGGUUGGAAUGCAGUGGCGUGAUCAUGGCUCACUGUAGCCUUGACGUCCUAGGCUCAAGUGAUCCUCCUGCCUCCGCCUACCAAGUAGCUAGGACCACAGGCGAAGCUGCCACGCCCGGAUAAUUAAAAAAUAAAAAUUUAUAGAAACAGGGUUUUCUAUGUUCUCCAGGCUGGUCUCGAACUCCUGGCCUCAAGCAAUCCUACUGCCUAAGACCCCCAAAGUGCUGGGAUUAUAGGCAGGAGGUACCAUGUCCAUGCAGUUACAAACAUAGUGUUUGCCCCAAAACUUUCAUUGGAUGUAUGCAACUUUCUCUUCCUCUAUUCCUACUUUUGCAAUGGUGUACUCUGUAACAAUAACAUUUCCUCAGAGGUCCAA